AUGAAUUUGAAAGGAAAUCCGAUCAAUGAGUGGUCAUCGAUUAAUAAUUUGGCCACUUUGGACCGACUGCAGACACUUUUUGUCACGUCAGCAAACUUUGAAGGAUUAAACGGACUUGAUGUUAGAGAGAUGAUUAUCGCCAAGCUGUCGAAAUUGACGAUGCUAAAUCGGGGAGACAUCAGCGCUAUUGAAAGGAGAUCGGCUGAAUUGUGCAAAUGCAACGGCUUGGAAGAGGCUUUAAAGGCGCCACAUGAAAACGAUAUUAAGCGGCUGAUUCAGAUUCAUGGUGAACCGAUAGCUGAUAAAAACAAGGCGAAAAAGAUUAACGUUGUCAAAGUGAGCAUCUCGUAUCAGGGGAAAUCCCUUUUGCGGCCACUUCCCACCUCAUCGACGGUAUCAAAGGUGACCGAGAUUGCGGCUCGUCUCUUCGCUCUCGACCCGAAAGUGGUUACUUUAUGGAUUGAGCCAAAAGAAGGUGUGGCAAGUGAACUUUCGAUUCCCGCUCGACAACUUUCAUUUUAUUCGGUCGGUUUCCAAUCCCCGCAACAGCAGCAAAACUCGUUUAUGUCUUAUGGACAAUCGGUUCAACGACCGUAU